GUUCGGUCACACUAUCUGUAAAUGUAAACAAUUGAUUUUUCCUGCAAAACAAUAGCUGACGAAAAUGUCUGGAGUUGCUGCUAAAAAGAUAGCCGAAGCGGAGGAUUUGGUGAAGCAAGCGGAGAAGAGCUUGAAAUUGUCUAUGUUAAAGUGGGUACCUGAUUACGAUAGCGCAGCGGAUGAGUAUUCCAAAGCUGCUACUGCAUACCGAAUAGCCAAGAGUUAUGAUAAAAGCAAGGAUUGUUUUCUGAAGGCCAUUGACUGUUACAAAAACAACAAGGCCUGGUUCCACGCAGCAAAAUCAUAUGAGCAGAUUAUUUUGCUGUCCAAGGAUUCUGAUAAGCUGCUCGAAGUUGAGGAAUUCGCUAACAAGGCUGCAAGCUUAUAUCAACAGCAUGGGUCUCCAGAAGCUGCUGCUUCAGCACUUGAUAAGGCCGCAAAAUUAACCGAGUCCAAGCAUCCAGACAUGGCAUUGAGAUUCUAUCAACACGCUCUGGAAGUUAUUAUGAUUGAGGAUUCUGUCCGUCAAGCAGCUGAAUACGCAUCGAAAGUUUCAAGAAUAUUGGUGAAGCUACGAAGGUACGAGGAAGCCACAAACGCGCUCAAAAAAGAGAUAAGCCUAAAUCAGCAAACGGAAUCUUAUGGACAAAUUGGGCGUUUAGUUGUGGCUUUGGUAAUGGUACAGUUGGCACGCGGAGACUCCGUAGAAGCCGAAAAGACAUUCAGAGAGUGGGGAAAUUGUUGUGAGCCCGAGGAAGUAUCCACAUUGCAAACGCUAUUGCAAGCUUUUGAUGAUGAAGACCCAGAGUUAGCUUCAAGAAUGCUGGCAUCACCAUUUAUCCGGCACAUGGAUGUUGAGUAUGCAAUUUUAUCCAAGAACAUUCCAUUACCUCAAGGUAUACAACUGGAGAAAAAGGCCAGUGAUAAUACUGGAAUUGAAACUCAAGAUGCUGAAGACGAAGGAGGUUUAUGCUAAUUUUAUUACAAAUUUACGGUCUGCUUAAUAGUCAAAACAUGUUUGUUGUUAAUAAAACCUCUUUUAAUAUAUAAUAUGUCAAAAAAUAUUAAUAAAAUAUCGUUGUACUAAAUACCUUAAGAAAUAAAUAUAAA